UAUGUUUGCUAUGAUAAUACCCGGGUAGUGCACGACAGCGUUUAUGAGCCUGGAAAUGGGCUUGUACGAUCGUCGUUACCCCAACUGCGGUACCUUAGGUUCAUGGAUCACAACAAAUCACACGAGACUAAGGUUUGCUGAACUCCCAGGCAUCACAGUUGUUGAUUGGUCGUUGUUGAUCGGCCAUUGCUGACUUGCAGAAAGAACGAGCGCAACAAGCUUUGGGGCUGUGUACAAAAGCAACACUGCCCCAAGCACAUCUCACGUAACACUGAUCUACAGAACAAACACGGACAGAGUACAUACUUCAGAAGCAUCUUCACUUCUGGUGGCUUUUUGAAUCCGAGUGCUGUUCCUACUUUAACAAUCAGCUCUAUCACCAAGACCAGCAACAUGCCUGUGACUACCCGGCCAAGCACCAAUGCCCCCCGGGAAUGGAGGAGCGAGAUUGUGACCUCUCCAGAAACGCACCUCGAGCAGACGGCGCGCAGGGAGUCGGAAGCAUGCAAGGAAAUCUUCCAGGCUUCAUUCUACCCCGACCAUAACAUAUCGCCCGCCAGCAACGGCUUGGUCAGCGCCGCUCUUGAUGCAUACUCUUCGCAUCAUCAUCUGAUCCUGCGGCCUGAGGAUGUCUGGUUUUCGAUCCUCACGCAGCUAUCAUUUUACAUCAACGCCAAUGCCGAAAACCUGCGGAAGCAUUUCGUGGCCCAUCAAGGCAAAAAGGAGCUUGUUGUCGAAGCAGUGGGUACCAUUUACACCGUCGAUCUUGGCCGGAUGGCCGUGUCGAUGACAGGUGAAAUGCACAAGUUCGUGGUGGACAAGGACCUUCGCCAAUGGAUUCUACCCGACUUCUCCACAACCACCGACAAUGACACUGUAGUGGCCGCUGGGCUUUUCAUGGGUGCCAUGCAAGAGUACUUCACGUACAAAUUUCGUCUCCUGUGCGGUAUCCCCUCUGUUACCUUACUUGGGGAGAAGCAUGAUUGGGUUCGCCUUCGGGACCGUCUGGAGAAAAUUGAUGAAUGGGGCACUGAUGCGCAAGAGUUCGCGCUGCGUCUGAAGAAGGUCCUAGACUUUUUCGUUCGCACUUUUGACGAGCCAGAAGGAAGCGAGGUCAUCGAGUUCUGGUCGAAAAUUGCGCACUACAAGGGGGGUGGUUCAGGCCCUACAUGGAUUUCUGGCUGGAUGACAGCAUUUUGUCGAUGGGACAACCAUGGCAAGCGUGCCAAGUUCGAGGUCUCCGAGCACCCCUGGUACUCUCGUAGUGAGACGGCGGAAUGCGAGCUUGACGGCAUCACAUUCGAAUCAGUGGAAUCGAAGAACAUUCCUCUUGGCUACACCAAGGUGCCUGCCCUGUUGGACGACAAUGGGACCAUAUACAACACGGAGAUUGUGGCAGGCAUGGUCGGUGUCGCAGUGUCGAGCAGUGGUGAAGGUCUAGAUGAUUCGAACCCAAACACGUCAUACGGCUUGAGUGAUGGCGGGAAAGACAAGAAUGGAACAGACGAGAGAAGAACUGGCUUGGACACGCUACAGCCAGUCUCGGGGUGGUGGAUGUACGACGUAACAGAGCGAGCCAGCACCUAGAGGAGUAGCAGUGUGUUGAGUAGCCGUUAUUAGAGUGGUGAACAGGAAACAUGCCUUUGCAUCAUUUAAGCAUGAUGAACCCCUCGCACGUGAUCCGGGAUUUGAAUGAUCCGAUCCGGUGGGGUGGAUCAUCGGCCGAACUUGUCCAGCUCGCGGAACACCGCUCGACCGGUGACCAGGCUGC